UGUGUGUAUGUGUGUGCUUGCGUGUGUGUAUGUGUGUGUGUGCGAGACGAGUACAAGUACGGAUAAUUUGUACCGACGACCACAGCAGUCGUCUCAGUCAAUGUUUUUUCUUGUAUAUUAAAUAAAUUGUACGAAAAAGUGCAACGAAAUGUUUACAAAGUGUGCAAAUAAAAACAAAACAUGUUUUAUGUCUUAACACACCGACAAAGACACGCGCACACAAUUACACACGCGAAUUGCAUGCAAAGAGAAGGCGCUCAACUUCUACUCCUCCAUCUUCUUUUGUCUGACGAUUUGCCGCAUGGUAGCAGCAGUAACUGCGUUUGGUUUGGUGGAGAUAAAGGAAUAAAGCAAUGAAUGAUUUACGCCAGCAGCAGGUACAGGUACAGGUAGCAGCUACAUCAUCCUCAGUCAGCCUGGCAGCAGCACCACUCUGCUCCAAUAGCAGCUCCACAAGCAGCAGCAGCAGUAACAACAGCAACAGCUCAAGCGCCAGCGUCAGUCCGCGUUCCAGUUCCAAUUCGAAUUCGAGCAUCGGUUCGAACGGUAAGGCAGUCAUAACGACAACGACGACGGCAACGACAAGCAACAACAACAGCAGCAUCAGCCAGCAACAGCAACGACAACAAUUGAAUGUGUCGACAACAGCAGCAGCAACACAUCGCCACUAUCAACAGCAGCACCAGCAGCAACAACAACAUCAGCAGCAGCAACAUCAACAACAGCAACUGUUGCAUCCUGUGGGUCAAAUAACCAGCACCACAGCAUCGCCGCCGCAGCAUAGACUGCGCGACGAUGCGCAGCUGCCAAAUAGCCCCAGCAGCAACAACAACAGCAGCAGCAGCAGUAGCAGCACAGCAGCAACAAUGGUCGCCACAUCGAUAGAUGUUAAUGGAGAGGAGAAGAACAACAGCAGCAAUAGUAACAGUAAUAGCAGCAGCAGCAGUAGCAGCAACAACAGCAGCAGCGCCGUAGUAGGAGGAGCAAAGGGCGGCAGCAGUAGUAGCCAUAAGCUGAUCCUAAAGCUGUCCAAGCACAACACGGCCAGCAAUACAAGCGAAUCUCUAACGGGCAACGAUGAGCGACGCGUUGAACCGCUGCGCAUACAAUUGUCCACACAGUUGCCAACAACAACAGCAUCAACGACAACAACAGCAGCAGCGGCAGCUGUUGCAGCCACAGCUAGCCAAAUGGGUCAGCAGCAGGCGGCGGCAGCAGCAGUGGUGCCGAAGCUAACAAUAAGACCGAUAAAAUCACAAGAUGUUGCUGCCGCCGUCAAUUCGGAUGCAUCCUCAUCAUCGUGUUCGUCUUCGUCGUGUGCCGAUGACGAGCAGCUGCCGCACAUUGUGCCCAAGCUAACGAUACGCGCAGCUAACGAGGAGCGUGUCAGCAGUGUGGUGCCCAAGCUCAUAAUUAAAAUGCCCGAUGCUGGUGGAGGUGGAGGUGGCGGAGAAGCUAACAAUUGUAUCAGUCCAUUAAAGUCGAGUAUGGCGGCAGGCGGUAGCGGCACUGGUAGCCCAGCCCUGCCCAAGCUGACCAUUAAGACGACCAAAUUGGAUGGCAGCGGUGGUGAGACGCAGUUAAUUAGCUGCAGUUUAUCGCUGGCAUCGGCACCCAGCUCCUCCGCCAGCAGCAGCAGCAGCUCCUCCUACUCCUCCUCAUCUGGCUGUGAACAGCCGGUCGCGAUGCCGCCCACCGUGCCCAAGCUGAUGAUUAAAACAACGCAGGCGGGCAGCAGUUGCAUCAGCAGCAGCAGCAGCCAGGAGCAACAUCAACAGCAGCAGCAACAAAUACCAAAGUUAACCAUAAAAACGGGUGGCAAUCAAGAGCAUCAACAGCAGCAGCAGCAGGCACAGCAUACGGUUAUCAUGACGCUCGACACGAGGAAUGCACAAAGUAUUCCCAAACUGACCAUCAAGACCAAGUCCAUUGAGCUGGAAGAUGAGCUGCAGCAGCAGCAGCAACAGGAGCAACAACAGCAGCAGCAGCAGGUGCCCAAGCUAACUAUCAAAUCGAGCAACUGCAGCGAGCAGCAGCAACAACAGCAGCAGCCGAUGCUCAAGCUGACCAUUAAGAAUCUAUGUUCGCCCAAGCACAAGGUACGCGCUGUGCUUGAGGAGAAGGUGCUGACGUCCAAGCUGACGCUGACCAAUGGUGGCGACAACAGCGACUAUCCAGAUGCAACAGCAGCCACAGCUGCAGCAGCGGCCACAGUGGAUAGCGAUACGGAUGAGCUGCGUCGCAAUUCCGAUGAUAUGGACAUUGAUGAUGCCUUAUCCAAGGAGCAUGAUCCAAAAAUCUUUCACAAUUUACCGCCAGCAACGAGUAGCAGCAGCAGCAGCAAUAGCAAUGGCAUUGUUGCACAGCAGCAGCAGCAGCAGCACAAUAUUGUUGAUACGGUCGAUCUGACUUCAUCGCCCUCGCCGGGUUCCUCGCCAGCGCACGCCGUCAACAGCAACUAUGCAACAGAAGCAACGGCAGCCGCAGCAGCAACAACAACAGCAUCAUCAGUAGCAGCAACAGCAACAAAUCGCAGCUUGUCCGCAGCGCAAUCGCAAAAUUUAUUGCUUGAAUGUCUGCGCAAUAAUAGCAGCAGCAACAGCAGCAAUCCCGCCUCGCCCAACUCCAAUAUAUUGCUCAGUCAGCUAACGGCGCCGCCGAAAAGUUUCAGCAGCAGCAGCAACAACAACAGCAGCAGCAGCAGCAAUUUGACAACUGCUGCAAAAUAUCCACAGCUAACUGAACGCCUAAUGGCGAAUGGAGCUGCAACAGCAGCAGCAGCAUCAACAACAACAACAACAAGCAUCGUCACAGCAGCCACAACAGAGCCCAUUAUCGAUUCCAUUGAGAUACUGGAUACGCCCGAGGGCAGUCCACAUCCACAUCCGCAUCCGCAUACACAUUCACAGCUGAUGAUGAUGCCCCAUAUGCAAAGUGCCUACGAGUCGGAGACAGCAACGACGCUGCCGCCAAUACAACAACAGCAACAACCACCAGCACCGCUGAGCAAUCAUGUCAACCAUAUUAAUCAUAAUCUGAAUCUAAAUUUAAAUCACAAGCUAGACAAUCAGCAACAAUCGCAUCAGCAGCAGCAACUCAAAACCGAUGAGAUUCACUUGAAGCGACAGCAGCAACACCAUCAUCAGCAACACCUACAAACCGAGGCAGAAUCUCCCAGUGGCUUGCCGCCGAAUAAACAGCGGCGAACGGACAACAAUGAAAAUGAUCAGCAGACGCACAAUUGCAGCAGCAAUGACACGGCAGCAACAGCUGCUGUUGCAGCAGCAGCAGCAGCUGCAACAACGCCACAACAACAACAGCAGCCAACGCAUCGCAGCCGCAAACAGAAACACGAGCGAAUACUCAACACAGAGCUGGAGGAGCCGCAACAGCAACAACUUCAUCAGCAGCAACAGAAGCAUCUGCAGUUGCUGCAUGUGGAGCAAGCGCUCAACAAUGGCACAUUGCUGCUAGACGACGAGGAAUUGGUGGAUUCAUCAGCAACAGCAGCAACAACAACAACAGUAGCAGCAUCCGUAGCAGCCUUCGCGGCAAAGCAGCGGGGCGUCCUUGUCGCUGAAUUGGGGCUGUCAGUAGGUGGCAGUGGCAAACGGCGUGGACGCCCCAAACGCAAUGCAAAUGAGACAACAACGCCAGCAGCAACAGCAGCAGGAUCAGCAAUAUCACCAGCGACACCAACAACAGCAGAGCGGCACGAUGCCAAGGUGGAAAGUGCGGUGAAGUCGCGACGGGUGCAGUUGCUGCGCAAGCGGCUGGCCAUCGAUAUGGUUAGUGCGGAACAGCCGGAUCUGUUAAUACCGGCGGCGGUGUCGGCGGCACGGACAAACGACCUGAUGCCGUCUAUGCAUCAAAUGGAUGCCACGGAGCUGAUGGCAGCGCUCGCAACACCAGCAGCAACAAGCGGAACACCAGCAGCAACAACGCCGCGACGCAACGAGCAGCGGCCGAUGCGUGCCACACGACGCAGUGCAGCAACGCCAACGGUGGCAACACCAGCAAAAAAAACUAGCAAACGUCAAAGCAAAGCUGCUGCUGCUGCAGCAGCUGCAGCCGCAGCCGCUGCUGCGGUAGCUGCAACUUUAACGGCUGUGGCUGCUGCUGCUAAAGCUGACCGGGAUGCGGCUGUGUUUUUGUAUCAUUUCGAUGGCGCUGCCAACGAUGCGGAGAGCAACAACACCAGCAGCAGCGGCAGCAAUAAUAAUAACAACAAUAACAACAACAACAGCAGCAGCAACAACAACAAUAGCAUGGCCUAUGCUCUGGCAGCACAGAUCGAUCUGACCAUGUGCUCAUCCUCCUCAUCUACAAGCAAUGGCAGCGCGACAACAGCAACAGCUACUGUUGCUGCAACGGCGGCGGCGGCGGCAGGGGCAGACGCAACAUCUGCAUCGAUUGGCAGCACAUGCUCAAUGCUGCCGCCAACAAGCAUAUUAUCGUCAUCGGAUCCGCUGCCGGAUGUCAUAUUUCAGCCCAAUGAUUUCUCAUCGAUUAUGGCCACACAGCAGCUGCGCAACAACAACAACAGCAACAGCAACAAUAGCAAUACCAACAGCAUCAGCGGUGGCAGCCAGCAUGACUCCCAUGACGAGGAUAACUACAGCACACUGCUGGACAACUCGGGCGAUGAAUCCUCGCAGCAGGCCAACAACAACAGCAUUUUGGGCGCCUUUGCCGGCAGCAGUCCAACGGUGGUGCCCACAGUUCCGACACGUGGCCGGGGACGUGGUCGCGGCUCCAGAGGCGGCGCCGGCGGCUCAUCGCGUACCGGCAGCAACAAUGCCAAUUCGGCGCAGCCACGUGUGCCACGUAUGAGUCGCGGUGCCAGCGCCGUUGCUAAAGCCAUUGCCCUCAGUCGGCCACGUUGCGUUGGCGGACUCAAGCAUCAGCCCGAUCCGGAUCGCAUCAAGGGUUUCUUCAGUCCGUCACCCCAGGUUGAGGAGGACACACGCAUGAGUGCCGAUCUGAACAACAGCAAUCAAUCGGUGACCAGCAUGGAGCCCCCACUGACGCCACAAAAGCAACCGGACUUCCUUAACAACGAGGAGUCGCAAUCUUCGAUGCAGAGCAGCAUCAGUUUAAUGGACUCAAAUCAGGGUCAAUCAUCUGUGGAUGCCAUAAUCGGUUCGGCGCUCAAACGUCCAAAGAAGAAGAAAAUGGAGAUUUGUGUGGCCGAAGACACGGACUUUAAUGCGGCGACCAUAGCGGAAUAUGAUUGGCCACCGCCCAAAGGCUGUUGUCCGUCAAAGAAUCGCGAUACGUUCAUGAUCCAGGAGCAGGUUGCACUCUAUUUGGGCAUUACGAGUUUCAAGCGUAAAUACCCGGAUUUGCCGCGUCGCGCCGUUGACAUGGAGGAGCGCAACUGGCUGCAGGAGAAGGGAUUGGUCAGCGAGAAAAUGUGCGAUUUGGGCAUAACAGCCGUUUGGGCAUCGGACAUACUGGACAUCAUGUAUACCGAUUUCCAUGAGAAGUACGAGGAGUACAAGGAGUACAUACGCCAAAAGCAUCUGCGCGACAUCGAGGCCAAGCAGAAGGCGCUCGGACUCACCGUUGGCAAUGGGCGUGGCCUGCAAGCGCGUGAUCGCGCAAUGCUCUCCACCAGCAAAUGGAACGGCUACUUUAACAAGACUCGCAAGGAGGAGCGUUUGGCGUGCUUGGAUCUGCAAACGUUCACAAUGAAUUUGCCGGUGGCACGAGAAGCGCCCAGUUCAACACUUUUGCAUCGCUCCAUCGCGAAUACGGUGCGAAUGGCGGCGCUGGCUGAGGAUAUGCCGGCGCCACCAUUUCUACUGGCACCGCGCACCUUUGAUGCCGCCUAUCAGCGUCUAGAUUAUGCUUAUCCGCUGGCUCUGGUGCCCGGCCAAUUUGCGUCCAACUAUCGACAGCUAACGCCCGCCCAGCUGAGAGCAUAUCCGCUAAACACAGCGCUGGAGAAGCCGCAGAAGAAGCUAACAGCGCUGCAACUCGAUGCCGCUGCUGCUGCUAUUAAGGAGGAGCAGCUGCAACAGCCACGGCCAUCAUCGAAGUUGUUGUCGACGGCGCUGGCGUUGCGACGUCAGCAGCGUGUGCGACAGCAACUCGAUGCUGCUGCUGCUGUUGUUAAGGAGGAGCAGCAGCAACAGUCGCAACAACAGCAACAGCAGCCGCCAUCAUCAAAAUUGUUGGAUACCUCGUUGGCGUUGCGACGUCAUCCGCGUGUGCGACAGCAGCCCAUGCGCAACAGCAAUGAUCCGGCCAAAAUGUGUGCUGGCGGGUACUCCAGCGCCAGCAGCAGCAGCGACGCCAGCAGCAGUGAUUCUGAUAGCGAUGGUGACAGCGACAGCGAUAGCAGCUGCAGCAGCAGCAGCGCCAGCAGAAGCAGCAGUGGCAGCAGCAGUUCAAUGAAUUCCAACAGCGAGGCUGAGCUGCAGAAGCGAGAACAGCAGGAUGCCAGACUGUCGUCCAAUUGCGGCGUCUGUCGCCGUAGUCAGCAUCGCAAUGCGAGAAAUAUGCCCGAGGCUUAUAUACGCUGCUAUAGCUGCCGGCGCAGAGUGCAUCCCAGUUGCAUUGAGAUGCCGCAACGAAUGGUUGGACGGGUGCGGAACUACAAUUGGCAGUGUGCCGAAUGCAAAUGUUGCAUCAAGUGUCGCAGCAGCCAACAGCCGGGCAAGAUGCUCUACUGUGAGCAAUGCGAUCGCGGCUAUCACAUCUACUGCCUCGGUGUCAAAACUGUGCCCGAAGGUCGCUGGAGUUGCGAGCGUUGCUCGAUUUGUAUGCGCUGCGGCGCCACACGUCCAGAGGGACUGCCACAGACGGCAGCGCUGCAAUUGCAAUCGGCAUCAAUGUUUCUGUUAUCGCCCAGUGGCGGAAGCAACGGUAACGGCAACAUCAGCGACAAGACAAUCGUCAAGCCGCCGGUCAAGCACAAAAAGGUCAAGUGGAUGAACGAGUAUCGCAUCGAUCAUAUAACCCAACUGCGCGAACACUGCACCAUGCUCUGUGUGCCCUGUGCCCGUGCCAAGCCCGCCAAGCGCCAAACGCCACCAAGAACGCCCAGCAGCAGCAGCUGCAGCAGCAGCAGCAGCAACAACAGCAGCAGCAAUGCCGCUGCCUGUACGCAAUCGUCGCCAGCAUCUCAAGCCGCAUCAGUCCAGUUGCAGUUGACCUCAGCGUCGUCGUCAUCAUCGCUGCAUUAUUCCAUCAAUGGUGGCGACAGAUGCACAACUACUACAACAACCACAACAACAGCGGCGGCAGCAACACCUGCACUCAGUCCAAAGUCAUGCAGCAGUAGCAGUAGUGGCAAUAGUAGCAGUGCCAAUGGCAGUGGUGCAAUUUUAAUGGCGCCACCGCUUGCAGCUGAGGCGGCGAAUGCAACGGGCGGUGCAACAAUGCCGUACAACAACAACAACAGCAGCAACUCUGGAAAACGGAUGCCAGUCGGCAUCAAUAAAAGUCAUCCGGAUAUGGCAACGAUGCAGUGCAGCAGCUUUAAUCGUAACAGCAAUGAGGAUGCUGCUGCAGCUAACAAUUACAACAACUCAGCAGCAGCAACAACAACAAUAAUAACACAGGCAACAACAGCAGCAGCAACAACAACAACAACAGCAGCAGCUUCAACAACAGCAACAACAAUUGGCAUAGCACCGCCGCCGGUUGUUGCCUGAGUGGGGGUUAUACGUUAUUGUGCCAAGCGCACUUUAACGGACUUGUAGUAAGCGCGGGACGCGGCAGCAACAGCAGCAGCAGCAACAGCACCAGUAGCAGCAAAAGCUUCUGCAGCAGCAGCAACAGCAGCAGAUGCAGUAGCUACGGCAACAGCAGCAAAAUCUGCCCCAAGCCCCCCUGCAACACAUACCGGCUCCCGCCCAGCCCACUUCCUAUCACAGCACCAAUACAAACACACACACACACACACACACAAACACACACGUGCAUAGUAUUAACAAGCAAAAAUAUAUUAAAAACUAAAACACAAAAAGCUAUUGUAUAUGUAUGCGGCGGUUUGGCGUAUGUUAAUAACUAAACAUUAUUAUUAUUAUUAUUACUAUUAUUGUAUUUUUUUUUUUUUUUUGUCCAAUGGUUUUAUAUUCAUAAAUAUAACUUAUGCUUAAAAUAAUGUUACUUAAGCAGGCAAGAAUUGCAAGAUUCUGCCAAAAUUAUAUUACGAAUUAAACGUAUAUGACAUGACAACAACAACAAAACCAACAAACAACAACAACAAAUGAUCAACAGACAACAAAAUCGAUGUACGCUUCUGCGCCUAAAUUGAAUUGUUGAUAUUAGCAUCUAAGCUACAAUACACACACACACACACAUUCACUUUCAUUAGCUCCAUUAUAGUUAAAUUUUUGGUUUGUCCACACUUUUUUUGUGUCCGUUUUAACGUUUGACAAUAUGCCAUUUUUUUUUGCAUCAGCUGUCGACACAUGUUUUUACCGUUGCAGACGCUGUGUACUGUAUAUGUUUGUAAUUAAUAACACUGUCGUCUCUGUCUCUCACACUCUGUUCCCCAUCCAACACACAAACACAACCACAC